AAAGUUGACAGGCCGACAUCAUUGUUUACAGUGGGUGUUGUUUUCUUUUGCUGUGAGAAUGUGAAAAAAGUGCGAAAAUCUGCACAAAAAGCUCAUCCCGGACGGUGAAAAGAUGCAAAAAUGAAGACUGAGCAGUGUUUGAUAGACAAAAUGGAGAAAUAUCUAUCAGAAUAUCGGAAUUGGAGCCUAUGGAGGACCAUCCUGGUGGGCCAGGUGUGUUCGUUGCUCUUCUCAGUGCUGGCAUUCUUCUCCCAUCAUUUCAUGGCCAACAUCUACAUGUCCAUUCCCACCGGACAGAAUUACUUGCACUACAUCCUGCUCUGCGCUGUCUUCACCACCUGGCUGGCCUGUCGUCGCGGGGAGAAAGGUUUGAUCUCGGUCGUGAAGGCACGGGGAUAUAGAUACAUCCUGCUGGGAUUCAUUGACGUUCAGGCCAAUACGCUCUUGGCCACGGCUUAUCAAUUCACCAGCCUGGAGAGCAUCCAAAUGUUGGACUGUGUGGUCAUCCCGAUUGCUCUGGCUCUUAGCUGCCUCACCCUGGGCGUGAGGUUUCGUUUCGUGCACAUCCUGGGCGUUUGUAUGUGCCUAAUGAGCGUGGGAUGCUUGGUGUUUGCUGGAGUCGGUAACACCAAGGUGGCCAAUGAUCACAGUCAAUUGAUCGGCGAUAUGCUCUGCCUGGGCGGUGCUGUGCUGUUUUCCGUGGUUGUCGUGCUACAGGAAUUAGUUGUUAAGACGCUGGAUUGCGUGGAGUAUCUCGGCAUGCUGGGACUGUCCGGCAGCAUAAUCUGCGGCCUGCAGAUGUACCUGCUGGAGCGCAAUGCUCUCAUGGAUGUCAACUGGGAGGACACGACCAUUCUCAUCUACCUGGCCCUCUACGGAGUCCUCCAGUUCAUCUUCUACGCGCUCAUUCCUUACGUUCUCCGGAAUUCCGGAUCCACGGCUCUUCAGCUCUAUCUUCUCACUUCAGACUUCUUUUCUCUCAUCAUCGGAAUGGUUCGUUACAAAUUCCAGUUUCAUGGACUUUACUUUUUCAACUAUCUCCUCACGAUGUGUGGCAUUUUCGUGUUUUCCAUCAAAAAGACCCCGAUUGCUGCUCAACAGCGUCCAUCGAAUGAGAAUCCGUCGCAGCAGCAGCAACAAAAUGCCCAACUAAUGGCCGAUGAUGCACGCCAAACUCCGCAGACAUCGGUUAUAUCGCGAGACUACGUUUCACCAUUCGAGACUGAGCAUUUCGAAAUGACUUCUUCCAUUCCCGUCACCUAUACCGUGUCAUCGGACUCAUUGAUAAAUUCUCAUUCAGCAACAACGGGAUUCUCAUCGUUUCAUCGCAAAUAGGGUUCAGCUGUAGGUUAAUUCCAAUUGAAUACUCAUUCCCAUUAACGAUCUCUAGUCAAAUGUUCCAAAGAUAUUUAGUGUUUAACGAAGCGAUCAUGCGCAUUUACGUGUUGUCGUUUAUAGGACAUGCCCUGAGAUAUUGAUAACAGGGUGAAGUAUUUCAUAAAAUUAAAUGCAUUUAGAAGAAAAAA